GAAAUUAUGAAUCUAUGUGUGAAGAAGAGUAUAAACCAAUGUAUCAAGAAGAGCAUAAACCAAUGCAUAAGAAAAAGCAUAAACCAAUAUAUAAGAAAGAGUAUAAACCAGAGUUACAAUUAGAUGAAUCUGAAAUUAGUGAAUUAUUUCAAAUACAAAAAUCAAAUAGUA